GUACGUGGCAGAAAGAGAUUUUUGUUUUGUUGAAGCUCCACCACGUACGUAAUCUGAUCGGGAAUGGAGAGUGUGAAGGUGGUGAAGGUGAAGGCAAUCGAAGCAACUCCGGCGACGUUCAAAGACUACGGUCAGGUCAUUGAGGCUUCAUCGGACGGUGAGGGGUUUGGUCCAAACGAUGCUCAACUUGACCUUAGCAAAGGAGGAAUUCCCAGGUUCUACAUUAUGCAUCUUGAAAAUCGUCCACUUGAGUUUUCUAAUAUCACACAUCAUGCAAGUGUGACUCAGUGCCUUGGGUCCAUUGGUGGUAAUGUUUGGUAUCUUGGAGUGGCUAAGCCAUCCAUUGUUGAUUCAAAUGAAAUCAAGGAUGACUUGGGUAAGACAGUCGUGAAGUCGCGCAGCGGUCAUUUUUAUGUGCCUCCUGCCAUUGAGGAUGUCCAGGUCUUCAAGGUUUCAGGGUCUAAAUUUCUGAAGCUUAAUCGUGGGACAUGGCAUGCUGGUCCUCUAUUUAAGUCUGAUACAAUGGACUUUUACAAUCUAGAACUGAGCAAUACAAAUGUUGUUGAUCAUACCACACACAACUUUAAGAAGGACAAUGGAGUAACUUUUACAAUCAAUGAGUAAUUUGAGCUUUAUGUAGUUUCAAGCAUUUCAAGUGAUUCUGCAUAUUAUAUACAGAAUUGAAACACAGCCCCAAGAUCAAUCGAAAUUAGUUAAACAUGCUUACAAUCUUAUGAAAAAUAAUUAGAUCCAAAUCAUCAAGCGUGUUUCAGUGAAUGCAAUUUGCUGCAUUAUGUACCAAACAAAAGGACUACUGUAGUUACUACAUUAAACUUUACCUUCCUAGCCUGCUGGAUGAACAGCUUUCAUUGUGACAGAAUAAAAUGUGUAUAUAUCAACAAAUCAAUCAACCCCUGUUCUAACUUUAAUAGACUUUUCAUAUGUUGUUGCGAUUGUUUAAAAUUUAGAUGGAAGAAGUUGAGCAUUCGGGUCUGAACAAAAUGGUUAUAUAUUUUACAGGGGCCA